UGCUUCCGGUUACUGCGCUGCGGCCGGAAGUAGCCGCCUCGGCUUCACGAGCAGGGGACAUGGCGUCGGGUGGCUCCCCCGUGGACCGGCUCCCCCCGCCCUUCCCCGCGGCGGAGGCUGCCAGCGCCCCCUCGGUGGAUAGCGACUCGGACGGGGAGGACAUCUUCACCGGCAGUGCGAGUAAGCCGAUGUCCCCUAAGAAGGAGCCCCCUGUUCCAGUAAGAACCGAUUCCAGGACAAAUGGUGUUCAGGAGGAGCAGGAGGAGCAGGACUUAUUUGCAGAUGCCACAGUAGAACUGUCUUUGGAUAGCACACAAAACAACCAGAAGGAGACAGCUACUGUGUUCAGUCCUGUACCUUCCCUAGAGAAAACGGCAAAUUCUUCUUCCAAGCACCAGUCAAAAACCUAUGAGGAGUUGGAAGAAGAAGAACAGGAAGACCAGUUUGAAAUUACAGUGGGAGUGAGUGAUCCUGAGAAAAUCGGGGAUGGUAUGAAUGCCUAUGUAGCCUACAAAGUCUCAACACAGACCACUUUGCCAGUAUUCCGAAAUGCUCAGUUCUCAGUGAAGAGGCGAUUCAGUGAUUUCUUGGGAUUAUAUGAGAAAUUGUCGGAGAAACAUGCGCAAAAUGGAUUCAUUGUCCCUCCACCUCCUGAGAAGAGCUUAAUAGGAAUGACCAAAGUAAAAGUGGGGAAAGAAGACUCCUCCUCUACAGAAUUUCUAGAAAAAAGGCGCGCUGCUUUAGAAAGAUACCUGCAGAGAACUGUCAGCCACCCGACCAUGCUGCAGGACCCAGACGUCAGGGAGUUCUUGGAAAAAGACGAGCUGCCCCGAGCAUUUGGCACUCAGACUCUGAGUGGCGCUGGCCUCCUGAAGAUGUUCAACAAGGCGACCGAUGCGGUCAGCAAAAUGACCAUAAAGAUGAACGAGUCGGACAUUUGGUUCGAGGAGAAGCUUCAAGAGGUGGAGUGUGAGGAGCAGCGACUGCGGAGGCUGCAUGCCGUUGUCGAAAUGCUCGUUAGUCACAGGAAAGAAUUGUCGCUGAAUACUGCUCAGUUUGCCAAGAGCCUGGCCAUGCUGGGGAGUUCGGAGGACAACACGGCCCUGUCCCGGGCACUCUCCCAGCUGGCCGAGGUGGAAGAGAAGAUCGAGCAGCUGCACCAGGAACAGGCCAACCACGACUUCUUCCUCCUGGCCGAGCUCCUGAGUGACUAUAUCCGCCUGCUUUCGGUUGUGAGGGGUGCCUUUGACCAGCGGAUGAAGACCUGGCAGCGUUGGCAGGACGCUCAGAUCAUGCUGCAGAAGAAACGGGAGACGGAGGCUCGGUUGCUCUGGGCCAACAAACCCGACAAACUCCAACAGGCCAAAGACGAGAUCUCAGAGUGGGAAUCUCGUGUGACACAGUACGAAAGGGACUUUGAACGGAUUUCUGCAGUUCUCCGCAAAGAAGUGUUGCGGUUUGAGAAAGAGAAAACGAAGGAUUUCAGAACCCACGUGACUAAAUACCUGGAGACAUUAUUACAUUCGCAACAGCAGCUUGUGAAGUACUGGGAAGCAUUCCUCCCGGAGGCAAAGGCCAUCUCCUAACCAGACCAAGCCGCCUCGUGCCCCUGGACUGACUCUGCCUUUACUACAUUAUACCUCUUGGCCUUUCGGAUGGAUCUUGCAGAGCUGAUAGCCUGGACCCCAAAGGAUCAGCUUUCCCAGCUAGUAACUCUUCUAACUGUAUAUUUUUUCAUUUAGGUUCAUAUACACACAUAUAUAUAUAUUUUCCUAUUGAAGAGAGACUCGUUUCCUGCUUAAAGUCAAGAACUGCUAUAAGUAGUGGAGUGUGGGCAGGGAGGGGUUAAUGUGUAUCUUUUCGACUCUGGUAUCGGACCCAGGGAUACUUCCUGUGACUCCUGCAGUGCCAUGAUGAAGACUGUGUAAUAAAACUUAAUCAGGGCAAGCAA